AUGGUUAGUCGCCCUCUGUAUCAGGGAACUUAUUGCUUCCCGCUCUCCUCCGACCAUCGCCUUCAGGCGUCAACUUCUCUUCUUCCUCCGCCCCCGACUCCCACGACCUCCUCUCCCACCCCUCUCCUUCUCGAUGGAACGCUACUCCUGUCGCCAUCGCCUUCAACAAUGAGUAGUAGUAUCGCUUCAGACAACAGGCCCGACCAGGCCAUGGCUGGUGCUGAAGAUACCGCCGCCGCAGCCACCACCACCACCAGUCCCUCCACAAUGACCAAAGAUGUUCCUUCACCAACCACUACCACGGCUCCCAAACAAUCGGUGCCCACAAUGCAAACCCCAGGCCAUCCCAGUUUCAGACGACAACGGGCGUCGCGUGCUUGCGAGACUUGCCAUGCUCGAAAGGUACGAUGUGACGCAGCAAGCCUAGGUGUACCUUGCACAAACUGUGUGGCUUUCUCCAUCGAAUGCAAAAUCCCAACGCCGAAACGGAAGAAGAACCAGUCAAAAGUAUCCAAGGAUGGGACCAGUAGUGAUGAGAGACCAGAUACCCGCGGAGCCAGCGGUAGCGGCUCGAAGGGUCUUACCAAACCGGUAGAAGGAAUGCCACAGACCACUUUGACGGAUGCUCAAGCUGCCCAGCAAGCUUCGCACAGCGCCUCCUACGCCCAGUUCAUGAAACCAAAAUUCGCCCGCGCCCCUAUCAAGGAAGCUGGAAGGGUAGCAUACCUGGGAGAGUCGUCGAACCUUUCGCUACUUGUCCAUGACCGCCAUGGUACUACCGAUGUUGUACAUUACCCGUUACCGGAGGGGAUAAGAGGCUCGCGCGCACGGCUGACCGAGUUGGAUAAUUUGGAAAUCGACAUUCUGCACCAGAGGGGUGCAUUCCUGCUCCCGCCCCGCGCACUAUGCGAUGAACUUGUCGACGACUACUUCAAAUGGGUUGCGCCUGUUGUGCCUAUCAUCAAUCGUAGCCGUUUCAUGCGCCGUUAUCGAGAUCCCAAAAAUCCCCCCUCCCUUCUUCUACUGCAGGCUAUUCUGCUGGCAGGAUCGAGGGUCUGUACAAAUCCUCAGUUGAUGGAUGCGAAUGGAUCGACAACGCCAGCGGCGAUGACUUUUUAUAAGCGAGCAAAGGCUCUCUAUGAUGCCAAUUAUGAAGAUGACCGUGUUACCAUCGUGCAAGCGUUGGUUUUGAUGGGCUGGUAUUGGGAAGGUCCAGAGGAUGUCACUAAGAAUGUUUUCUAUUGGAGUAGAGUUGCUACUGUUGUUGCCCAGGGAUCUGGAAUGCAUAGAAGCGUGGAAUCGUCCCAGCUAAGCAGGCCAGACAAGCGAUUAUGGAAACGGAUAUGGUGGACACUCUUCACACGCGAUCGAUCCGUUGCUGUCGCUCUUGGGCGCCCCGUAAACAUCAACACUGAUGACUCCGACGUCGAGAUGCUUACGGAGGAUGACUUCAUCGAGGAUGAAGUCGAUAGCAUCGCUGAAUACCCGCCCAAUCCCACUCAUGUCCAGUUCUUCCUCCAAUAUGUGAAACUAUGCGAGAUCAUGGGCCUCGUCUUGUCUCAGCAGUACUCAGUCGCUUCGAAAUCACGGCGUACGAAUGCCAUCGAUCUAACACACAGUGAUAUGGCAUUGGCCGAUUGGCUGCAGAAUUGUCCGAAGGAAGUUUACUGGGAAAGGCCUAGGCAUCACUUCUGGUCCGCUUUGCUACAUGCAAAUUACUAUACGACAUUAUGUCUACUACAUCGUGCGCACAUGCCCCCGGCAACGUCUAUAUCUGGAAACUAUGGAUCGGACGGGAUGGCAUACCCGUCCCGCACUAUUGCUUUCCAAGCCGCCGCGAUGAUUACCUCCAUCGUCGAAAAUCUGCAAACGCAUGGAGAACUCAAAUUUACUCCAGCGUUCAUUGUAUAUAGUUUAUUCUCUGCCCUAAUCAUGCAUGUAUACCAAAUGCGCUCAUCCGUCCCGACCGUUGUCUCCACCAGCCAAGAGCGAAUCAACAUAUGUAUGCAGGCCCUAAAAGACGUGUCGAAAGUCUGGCUCGUUGCAAAAAUGGUCCACACGCUCUUCGAGUCCAUCCUAGGUAACAAAGCGCUCGAAGAACGCCUCCAGAAAGCCGCCGGCAAGCGACAUCAACGCGUCCGACGCGACCAUCCGGCACCCGCCGCACCUACAGCAACACGACGCCCCACAGAAGCCUCCAAACGCAAAUUCGACGAUAUGGAGAUCACCCUCCCCAACGGGCCUCCCGCCCCGCAGGUCUCCUAUGAGCGUUCCCGCCCGCAAACACCCGCCGUAACUCCCUCUCGUGAAAUGCCCCCGACCCCCGUGGUCUCGACCAUGGCCGCCCCGCCACCACAACAACCCCCUCACGCCUCACCAAACACCCAACACCAGCAGCUCCUACACCAGCAACAUCAACAACAACAGCAACAACGGGGCAUAAACCACGAUGCCUUCCUCGGCGCCCCAGGUAGUACUGGCGGCAACACGCGCCCCACCUCCCCAUCCCCCUUCAACCCUUCCUUCAGCAUCCCAGCCACGCCUCCCGAUCUCUUCCUCGUCACGCGCAACUCCCCCAACAUCUCCCAAUCGCUCUGGGAAAACUUCCAGCCUGACCAACUCUUCCCCGACGGCACAAAUAUGUCGUAUACAGGCUUCUCACCACCCGGCGGCGGUGGCCCAGCUAUCGAUCCACAGCUGCAGCAGGCAUCCAUGCUUGGCGGCAUGGGUACUACCACACUAAGCCCCACGCAACAACACCAGCAGCAUCAGCAACAGCAGUUACCCACACGGGGGUUGCGCGAUAGCCCCACCAUGAACAUGCAUAACAUGCAUGGAAUGAGCCAGCAGUUGCAACAACAACAGCAACAGCAACAGCAGUGGCAAGCCAUGCAAGGCUUGGAUGGGCAUAUGGCGCCUGCGACGCUGGAUACGUCUAGUCAGGAUGAUAAUUGGAGUACGAGCUCAAGAGGGCAGAUGCCGAUUCCGCCGACGUUGAACGUGGAGGAUUGGUUCCAGUUCUUCGGAAUUAAUGCGGGUGUGGGUGAGUUGGGGGAGGGGCUUUGAAGGGAUGACGAUGAGUGUGAGCGAGCGGGAGAGCAAGACAGAGUGCUACGGUGGAAGGAACAUAAUACCGUUUACUGAAUGGAUGUGGGGGGAGCAGGUGUGAGCGGGUGAGAGAGUGGGUGCAUCUGAGAUUGAUAUCACUAUCAUUUUAUCACUUAUCAAUGCAUACGAUAUGAUGUGGGAUUGAUGUGGUGAAACAGGUGCACUGCUGAAGUGUUUUAUAUAUCUAGUUCAUAUAUAAAAUUUGUACCAUAUAUAUACUUAACAUCAUGGACUGAUCAUAUAUUGCUAUCUAUUUAUUACUAGGAUUUGCAGGACUGUUCAUAAUAUAGUAUUGCAGCUUCAGGUAGGUUGUAUUUGAACAAAUUGGAGGGAAAUAAAGUGGGUAAUGUUUGUUUCUGCUUGCUUAAAUACUGAAAUAAGAACUCUCAAAGUGCUCCAGAUUCAACAAUAUUUUAAGGUUUC